UCUAACGCUUGUUGAUUCCCCCCAUCGCGCUUUUACCUGCCACCCAGGCAACUCGAGUGCCCAAUCACUCAACACCCAACCCACACGCAUAACCCUCAUAACCCAAACGCCUGCUAUGUCUGCCCCUGCGUCGCCUGCCAUGUCUGCGCUCUCGGAGCCGGUUGACGAGUUGAAUGAGGUCGACCAGAUGAUGGAGGAUGUGGAGGAGUCGGCGUCCAAGAACGCGAGCGAUGCCGAAGAGGAGGCUGAGGAGGCCGAAGAAGAGGAGGGUGCCGCGAAGAGGAAGCCGUCGGCGCGGGCGAAGGCCACCAAGGCGAAGGCCGACACCAAGAAGGCGGACGCGAAGACGACCAAGAAGUCUGCGAAGAAGGCUGAUGCGAAGCCCAAGUCGACCACCAAGAAGGCUACCGCGACGAAGGCGAAGGCUGGCGCUGCUGCUGGGAGCCACCCGCCGUGGAAGGAGAUUGUUGCCGAGUGCAUUACUGCUGAGGGUGGCCGCACCGGUGUGUCGCGCCAGGCGAUCAAGAAGUUCGCUGCCGAGAAAUAUGGUCUUGAGCCCGACGCGACCAACGCCCACCACCUGAACUCUGCCAUCACGCACGGCGCGGAGAAGGGCAUGUUCGCCCUGCCCAAGGGCGCGUCUGGCAAGGUCAAGCUCGCUCCCAAGACCAAGCCCACCGACGAGAACGCGAAGCCCGCUGCUAAGCCUACCUCCAAGACUGCUGCUAAGGCAGGGACCUCCAAGGCUGCCGCCACCAAGAAGCCCGCCGCUACCACCAAGGUCACCACUACCACCAAGGCCACCACCACGAAGAAGACUACCAAGGCUGCUGACACCAAGGCGCCUGCGAAGAAGGCUCCCGCCAAGAAGAUCCUGACGAGCAAGGCGGCGAAGGCUGCUGCACCGGAGAAAAAGGCCUCCACCAAGCGCGACUCGGCCAAGAAGGCAUUGACUGGCACGACCGCUGCUUCGAAGGCGAAGACGGCCAAGAAGGUGGCAGAGAAGAAGACGGCGGACAAGAAGGCUGCCCCGUCCAAGACGGCAGCGACCAAGGCUGCGUCUAAGUCGAAGGCAGCGCCCAAGUCUGCUACGAAGCCAGCGUCUAAGAAGAAGGUCGCUGCUUGAGUGGGAUCGCCUGCGCUUUACGUACUGCGCUGGUCGCCCGUCUACUUGUCUGUACCAUAGUCUCCGGAUCGUCUCGUCUUGCAUGCUAUCGGCUCUGGCUCUGCGAAUCUAUUAUUCUGCACUAGUUUAUACUGUACGAUUACCCGUUGCUUCAGAUAGAGGUCGACUUUUUUUCACGA